GUUAGGGCUGUUUCUUGCCCGUGGCGGCAGCGGCUUCGGCGACGAGUUACUGAGUCCUGGCUCCGGCCGCUGUAUCCUGCUGUCGGUGCGGCGAGCACCGUCUCCUCAACACUUCCCUCUGGUUUACAUCUUUAAAAUGCAAUACGGGAAACUGCCACAAGCACCCUGGGAGAAGCUGAGAAAAGUGCAGCUUCACACAUGGAGAGGAGCUGGUGGCAGUGGCUCAGACUCAGCGUUUCAUCACGGCCCCACCGCGAUCUCUACCGCGGGAGAACCGUUUCAGAGUAUUCUGUGCUCGGUGAGUGGGAGGGUCACAGUGUGUGAGACUAAUAAGGACACAGCUGCAUCCCCCUCUAUCACUCUUCGGAGCCUCACUGACUCCAGCAACUCCUCGGUGCUACGGCAGCUCCCUACGGGCGUUUUCAGCGCUUCUGGAGAGGGCUAAACCCAAAAUUCAAGCAAACCCAACUCAGCCCGAGAGAAACCAAACUGCCGGGGGGCAGCCCGAGCUGCGGAGGGCUCAGGAGCCCGCGGGAGAGGACGCCAAGCCCGGAGGCUGGAAAAGUUAAUGACGGUGUGGUUGCUGGCAGCUGCAGAGCCUGGUAGGACAGCUUUGGGGAUGAUGAAGAUUUGCAGCUGAUCGUUCACAUGUGCCCAGGGGGAGAUGAAGUACGCUCGAUCCUGCAUAGUUUGGCUUUGUAUGGCAGUCUUCCUCCUUUUUCCCGUCUCUACUUCUGUGGCUGUCAGUGACCAGACAGGUGCUGUGUGUCCUUUAAUGAAAACAGUUGUCCAUCAUCUCAAGCAAAUGAGGAGAGACAGUGUUGGUGUUUCAGGGUUUGACCUGGCAGAAAGCUUUGCUUUGAGGCAAACAUCUUGUGGAGGGGAAAAAGUCUGUUUCAAACUGGGAAGUGCACCUCUCAUCAGAGACACCAAGCAAGUGUUCCCAAAGGGCAUCCCUGAAGAGUACUCUCUGGUUGCCACGUUCCGCGUGCGGCGCAGCACCAAGAAGGAGCGUUGGUACAUCUGGCAGGUCUUAAACCAGUAUGACACACCUGAGAUCUCUGUCCUUCUGGAUGGCACCAAAAAGGUGGUGGAGUACAUGACCAAAUCUUCUCGGAGCAAUAUACUGCACUACACUUUUAAGAGUCGGGAAAUUUAUCCCUUGUUCGAUCGCCAGUGGCAUAAGCUUGGUAUUAGCGUGCAGCCGGGGGUCAUUGCCCUCUAUUUGGAUUGUAAUUUAAUUGAGAGAAAGCAGACUGAUGAGAAAUUCACCAUUGACUUGCAGGGGAGGACUCUGAUUGCUUCUCGUGCUGCAGAUGAUAAGCCUGUAGAUAUUGAACUUCACCACUUAACUGUUUACUGCAAUCCCAGCCUUGCAGUGGAAGAUUCAUGUUGUGAGAUAUCCUCAGACUUGUGCUCACGUGAGGAGAGGUUCCUUGCUACAACUUCCUCACCAGUGACUGGUGACAACAGCAAAAUGCACCUGCAGGAAGCACCCAGAGAGAAAUGCCUCUGCUUCCCAAACAAGGGAGAAGCAGGGCUGCCAGGAGCAGCUGGUUUGCCAGGCCAGAAAGGAGAUAAAGGGGAAAAGGGUGAACCUGGCUUUGCAGGCAGUAAAGGUGAAGAAGGGGAAAAGGGUGAAAAAGGAGAGAAAGGAGACCCAGGACCUGAAGGCACUCAUGGAAGAGAGGGCCAGAAGGGUGACCCUGGUGUUCCUGGUGUGGCUGGCCCUAAGGGAGAGAAGGGAGAUUCAGGACCUCCAGGACCAGCUGCUUUGAGUGGCUUGCCAGGGCUGGAAGGUCCCCAAGGUCCACCUGGCAAGGAAGGCCAAAGGGGCAGACGAGGCAAACCAGGGCUCCCAGGCAAACCAGGGCCACCAGGACCUCCGGGUCCUUCUGGACUGAAAGAAAUUCUGGAUUCACUGAACAAGCCUUCUAAUGAGAGUGACCCAAGACUACAGGGAUUACUUGGGAGCCCAGGACCUAAAGGCCAGAAGGGGGACAUGGGUGAAAAAGGAGAAGUGGGGGUGAUUGGUCUGAAAGGACAAAAGGGAGAGCCUUCUGAAAAGGGGGACAAGGGAGACCCAGGAGAAACUGGAAUGGAGGGAGCCAAAGGAGAGAAGGGUGAAACAGGAGACCCAGGACUGCCAGGUCUGCUUGGGAGUCCAGGAUCAAAGGGACUGCAAGGACCUCCAGGACCUGUUGGACCCAGGGGACUGCCAGGAGAAGUUGGCUUACCAGGAGAGCCUGGAGCACCAGGAAACCCAGGAGUUAAAGGAGACAAGGGGGACCCUGGUGGAAUUAUUGGACCUCCUGGACAUCCAGGUCCAAAAGGUGAUGUGGGGCCUCCUGGACCAAGUCUGCCUGGAACACCAGGUCCCACUGGCAGUCCUGGAAACCCAGGUCCACGGGGACCAAAGGGAGAAAGAGGACUACCUGGUGUACAAGGAGCACCUGGAGAGAUGGGGCCCCCUGGAAUAGGCAUUCAGGGCUCACCAGGUCCUAUGGGUCCAACUGGAUCAACAGGUGUGCAGGGCCCCAGGGGACCCCCAGGAUUACCAGGCACCCCAGGCACCCCUGGCAUUAAUGGCACCCCAGGAAGAGAUGGAAAGCCAGGCCUGCCAGGCCCUCCAGGCGACCCUAUUGCACUGCCACUGGUGGGAGACAUGGGAGCCAUACUGAAGGGUGAUCCUGGCACAAGAGGUCCUCCAGGCAUCCCUGGUAGAGAAGGGCCAAAGGGAAGCAAAGGUGAACGUGGAUUUCCUGGGCUUGCUGGAGAGAAGGGAGAUGAGGGCCUGCAGGGCGUUCCUGGACUGCCAGGUGUGCCAGGACCCAGUGGACCAUCUGGAGUCACUGGCAGACCUGGACAUCCUGGGCCAGCAGGGGCAAAAGGAGAAAAGGGCAGUGAAGGUUCUCCUGGGAAGCCUGGACCACCUGGACCCCCGGGUGUGCCUUACAACGAAAGGAACGGAAUGAGCAGCUUAUAUAAACUACAGGGAGGUGUGAGUGUUGCUUCUUAUCCAGGCCCACCAGGCCCUCCAGGCCCCAAAGGAGAUCCUGGUGCAGCGGGUGACCCAGGACCCAUGGGAUUACCAGGACUGGAAGGACUUCCAGGGGAAAAGGGUGACCGUGGACCAGCUGGCACGCCGGGAGCAGCAGGGGCACCGGGAAAGCCUGGAUCUCCUGGGUCCCCAGGGAUGCCAGGGGAGCCUGGUGAAAGAGGACCUAUAGGAGAUAUAGGCUUCCCUGGGCCAGAAGGGCCACAAGGAAAACCAGGAAUCAAUGGAAAGGAUGGACUGCCAGGGCCUCCGGGUGCUGUGGGGAGACCAGGAGACAGAGGACCCAAAGGAGAACGUGGUGAUCAGGGUAUUCCAGGAGACAAAGGUCCCCAGGGUGAACGUGGGAAACCUGGCCCUUCAGGGGAGAAAGGGGAUGUGGGUCCUAUUGGGCCACCAGGCCAGAGAGGCUACCCAGGCUCACCAGGUCAUCAAGGCCCUCCAGGUUCACCAGGACCCCCAGGCUUUCCUGCUGACACAGUUUCACUUGAGGAAAUAAAGAGUUACAUCAAACAAGAGGUUCUGAAGGUGUUUGAAGAAAGGAUGGCUCAGUUUGUGUCCCAGCUGAAGCUGCCUGCUGCAAUGCUUGCCUCCCAAGCACAUGGCAAACCAGGCCCUCCAGGAAAGGAUGGCUUGCCAGGGCCACCAGGAAAGGAUGGCUUGCCAGGGCCACCAGGAGAACGUGGGAUUCAAGGUUAUAGAGGACAGAAAGGGGAAAGAGGUGAGCCUGGCAUCGGACUGCCCGGGACCCCUGGACCGCCUGGCCCUGCAGGCCCUGGCCUGCCAGGCCCCCCAGGAGCACCAGGAGCCGAGGGGCCCCCAGGAGCCAGCGGGAGGUGCAACCCAGCCGAUUGCUACUACCACCUAGCACAGCCCCGGGCGCAGGCCAGCGGGAAAUAAAAGCCCUCUCCCCUGGGCACUCGGGCUCACAGGCACAGCUCACUUCUCUCAGUCACUUCAUUUCCCCUUUGAAUCGUUUGGUGCACUUUGGGUUGGGUGGUUUUUUUCCCUUCCCCCCCCUCCUCGACACUGCAUGGUAAAUGUUUCAGUUCUGCAGCUCCAAGUGGAGCCUUUCUUACCCCUCCCUCUGUUACUUGCAGUGUGGGAACGCUGAAACGAUGCCAAUCUUGUUUUCCAGAGUGCAUUCCAUGUGUUAUGGUCCUCCUAUUUAUUUUGCUUAGAGGAGGAAAAAUAGGCCCAAAGAGGAUUUUUCUUUUCAGCAGCUUCUUUCUUCAAACAAAGCAGCUGGUUGGAACUGCAGGCAGUGUGCCUGUGCCUCCCUCGCUCGGCUGGCUCUGUUCUUCUGCCUGCUGGUGAUGUUUAAAUGGAGGGGGGGGAAAUGUGUUUCUGAAGUUUCAAAACCUAACCUGUUGGUGGAGAAUGCAGGACCUGAGCUGCAGCACUCAGGUGCUCACAUCCCUCGAGGAGGCUCCAGCACACCUGAACUGGGUCUGUGUCGUGCACCAGAAGCCGCCCAGAGCUGUGGUCACCUCGUGGAUGUUGAAGGAGGUGAUGAAGAGUUGAUGAUGUCUCCCAUUCUGUCCAGCAUUUAGCUUCUGGCUGGAAACUUGCCAGGUGUAGCCCCAAGAAGCAUCUCCCCUGACUGGAUGUUGGCCUAAGCAAAGGCUUGUACAUUUCUUUAGCUGUGGUUGUGGCUACUCCAGACACUGAACUGCUAGGGGCUGGCAUCACUGUCCCCAACUGAGACUUCACAUCCCCUCUGGUGGUGCUGUUCCCAGAUGCCACUGCCAUGGCUCCUCUGGUGGUGGUGUUCCCGUCUGAGACUUCACAUCCCCUCUGGUGGUGCUGUUCCCAGCUGGCACUGCCAUGGCUCCUCUGGUGCUGAUGUCCCUAUCUGAGACUUCACAUUUCCUCUGGUGUUGCUGUUCCCAGCUGAGACUUCACAUCUCCUCUGGUGUUGCUGUUUCCAGAUGCCACUGCCAUGGCUUCUCUGUGUGUUGCUGUUCCCAGCUGAGACUUCACAUCUCCUCUGGUGGUGCUGUUCCCAGCUGGCACUGCCAUGACAAAGUGUAAGUCCUGCAGAGCUCAAAGGAUUGAGCAAAUGAAAUGAUGGGGGAAAUCAGCCAUGCAGAGGCUGCUCCUGAAGAAGAGGGAGCAGAGUUGGCCAAAGCUUUCCUCCUGCUUGUUAGGAUUCACAUUGCUAAGUUAGCCCCACAGAACUUGCUGCAGUGCAAUGGAAAGUGAAGCUGCCACUGAGAGAAGAUGAGCAGCUACAGCUCACAACCUCAGCAUGAAGCCAGGGCACAAAAGCAGUAGUGAGGGCUCAUGCCCCAGCACUGAGAAGCCAAUCACUGUCUCUCUCUGAGACACCAGAGAAACAUUCCCACAUGGGAAGUGGUGGGUCCCAGAGAAGCUGCUGUGAGACCCAAAUCUGGGCAGCUUCUGAGUUUUGCUUGAAAGCAGUGAGGAAUGAGUGGUGGGACACUGGUGCCAGCACAUGGGCAGUUGUUCUGAGUGGGGUUCCUACCACUGGCACCCAGAGCAGGAGCAAGAUGAGUGCAAAAAGCCAUGGAGUUAACCCAGGGAGAUGCAGACGAAGCCCUCAGACUUGCUUCCCACUUGGCACCUUGCUCAGCAGACACUUGGAGAAGGUGCUUGGCAUGACAAAGAUGUGCAAGCAAACACCUGAGACAGGAGAAGGCAGCAGGGAGGAGGACAGCAGCAACCCCCUGCCACACCAUGAGACCAUCUCCUGAGGGCAGUCUGUGAGCUGGAAUGCACCCUGCAGCUGAGGACCUCUUGGGAGGUGCUCAGGAUUCUUUGUUUGUCCCUGGCAUGCAUAGGGAUGGGCAGAACAAAGCCCACGGGAGACAGCCAAGGCCUCACACCUCCUUUCCUGCUCACUCUUCACUGUCCCUCAGGAAGCAGUAACUGCCCCUUCUGUGACCAGUGGGCAGCUAUCCCACUGGGGCAGUGAAGGUGUGUUUGGAACUCGUGGGUGCAGCCUGUGCUUUGGCUCACAAUGGGCUGCUCCCCUCCCAGACCUCCUGUGCCUGUGGGGCAUGUCUUGCUUUGCUGAGUGGCACCGUCCAGGUCUGCCCUCAGAGCUCCAUAGCUGUGCCAGCACCAGGAGGUGGCAAAGCAGCUGGAAAGGGAGCAUCUGUCUGCCCUGAGGCCCUGCUGCUGCCCACAGCUCUGCCAGCCCAGCAGUUAAAGCCUUUCACCAAUGCACACAUCGAUGUGUGGACACCAGCAGAGGAGCAAGCCCCACGCAGUGGUUUGCACUCUGUGCUGCUCAGGUACCUCGCAUCAACAUCCUUGGGGUUGGGUUGGUUUUGUUUUCUUCCCCUUGCUUUCUUUGUACUUCUUCAGUAAUUCCAAGAGCUGUACAAGAAUCUUACCUAUUUUUUUACCUCCUAAGUUAAUUUGAAUGCUUCCUUUGCUGUGUGAUGCUGUUGAGAAGGGUGCUGCUGCCUCAUGAGGAGGGCUGCCUGUGACUGAGAGGUCUCCAAGCAGCCCAGCAGCCUGGCAGGCUGUACAUAGGCUCUUGCUCCACCUUAGGGGGGUAUGUGUAUAUUUUGGGGCUCUCAGCCAGCUGCAGCCAAGCAUCUGUCCUUGGCCAGGUGCAGCUGCUGUGUGCUAAAUGUACUUGAACUUAGCAGAAAGCAGAACACUUUUUUAUAUUUGGAGAAGUUUUAUUUUUUCAUCUGUUGGUUGUUUUCCUACUGAUGCCUUCCUUGUUGAUGUUGUUGGGUUUGUUUUCCUUUUUCUAGGCUCCAAUCUAAAGGUCUUUCAUUUUUUGAACCUGUAUUGGAAUGCUUUCAGCUGAUGUGCAGGGGGAUUUGGUGGUGGUCAUGGUGCAUUGCUUUGUGGCUUUUCCAUUAGCUAAAAGCCCACCUGAGUUUUCUCACGUGAGAAAAUGGGGUAUUUGGUUCUGUGGGUGGGCUCAAAAGCUUCCUAUAGAUGCCAGGUUCUUGGCUGGGGUAGGACAGAGUUAAUCUCAGCCUCACUUUGGUCAGCCUGAAAAGCUUCCUAAAGAUGCCAGGUUCUUGGCUGGGAUAGGACAGAGUUAAUCUCAGCUUCACUUUGCUCCCCAGGAGCCCAGGGAGUUCCACCUCAAAAUAAAUAGGAACUUCUUUACUGUGAGGAUGGCAGAGCCCUGGAGCAGGCUGCCCAAAGAGGUUGUGGAGUCUCCCUCUCUGGAGACCUUCCACACCCACCUGGAUGCCUUCCUGUGUGACCUGCCCUAGGUGAUCCUGCUCUGGCAGAGGGAUUGGAGCAAAUGAGAUCCCUUCCAACCACUAUGACUCUGUGGUUCCCACUGGGUCAUUCCUGCUCUGCUUUUUUGGGUGGGAGUUGAAAGCAGAAUGCAGAAUGCAGCUGGAAAUUUGCUUCUGCAAGGUCAGGUUGGCUGAGGCCUUGAGCUCUAGUGGAAGGUGUCUGUGUCCAUGGCAGUGGGAUUGGAACUUUCUUACACAUUCUGUGAUUCUGUGCUCCACAACCUCCCUGGAAGUGUUCAAAGCCAGGUUGGAUGAGUCCUUGAGCACUUUGUGACGUUGAAGCAGGAGCUGAGAGCAAGAUCUACCUGGGGAAGGUCAGAGGAGCACCAGGUUAGGAUGGGGCCAAGCUGCCAGGGGCUUGGCAAACCUCUCAGUCUCUUUGCUUUGUGCCUUCUAAAUCCCUUUAUUUAAACCACCACUCUGGGUUCUUCUGUGUCACCGAAGUUGAUAGAGCAAAAACCUGAUCCACCUUUUAAAGUCAUGAACCUGCCUUUAUGGCCUUUCUAGUCCACAUCUUUGCUUGCUUUGGGUUCUAAACCAGUUUCAUCUACUUUAUGCUCUGAUUCACCUUUAGUUACUUUAUUUCCUUUUCCAAAUCUUUAUUUCCUUCAUCCUCCAAAUCUUUAUGUCCUUUAUGCUCUAAAUCAUCUUUAGUUACUUUAUUACCUUUAAGUUCCUAAUCUUUACUUACUUAAGGUUCCAAAUCUUUAUUUCCUUUAUGUUCCAAAUCUUUGCUUACUUUAUGCUCUAAAUUAUCUUUAGUUACUUUAUUACCUUUAUGUUCCAAAUCUUUACUU